AUGCGACAUACGGUAUUUAUCUCUCGCUCUUUAGAAGAGAAUAGUUUACACAAUGAAUUCCAUACAAUGAAAUUAAUUAAAAAAAUAAUUAUUAGUCGUACGGAAGCUGGUUUUGGUUUCACCUUACGGCAUUUUGUGAUUUAUCCACCAUCGACCUACGUUAAUGAUUUACUUCAAGCUUCUUACAGUGUUAUUAUUGAUGAACAUCAACAAAAAACAACCACAACAAAUACAAAUGAUAAUAUUAGUGGCAAAAGUAGCAAUAGUAGUAGUAGUAGAAAUCAAUCAGGAGUUCUAUUAACACAUUCAACAUCAACAAAUAAUAAUAAUAAUAACAGUAACAAUCAACAGUCAAUGCGAAUAAUUUCAAAUGAUGUGAUCACAGCAGAUAAUAAUGGGGGAACAAAUAGUACAACGAGCCAAGAUUUACUACCCAUGGAUACAAUAUUUGUUAAAGAAGUUCGACAAGAUGGACAAGCCUAUCAAGCUGGAUUAAGACAAGGUGAUAGAAUAUUAUCAGUAAAUGAUCAAACAAUUAAUGGAAAAUCAUAUUCACAAGUUAUUGCCAUGAUACAAAACACACCUGGUGAUUUGGUAUUAAGUGUUGUUCCAAAAGAAGAUGAUAUUUUACAACUGGCUUACUCUGAUACGGCCUAUAAUCAAGCUCAUUCUCCUUAUUCUGGCACAGCGGAUCGUAUACCAGAGCCGCCAUCUGUCAAAUAUUUGCCACAACAACAGCCAUCAUCUUCAUCUUCUUAUCGUGUAAAUGACACUACUGUUCCCUCAUCAUUUGAACAGACAAAGCCUCGUCGUACAUCAGCCGUCUCAGCAACAUCUUCACAGCCUCAAUCUUAUCGUCCGGCUCAUCCGACUCAGAUACUGAAUCCUAAACAAGUAAUCGAAAAUAAACUGCGUAAUUUACAAUUGAAUAUAGCACAAGGCCGAGAAGACGAAUUUGCUAAAGCAGGAAUUUAUUUUCCGCAACCUGCAAAAGCGAUUUACGAACAACCAAAAGGAUCAAUACCGACUCAACCAAGGAGGAUAUCUCAUGCAUCUGAAAACUCACCUCCAACAACGAAUUAUUCACAACCACAGCCAACAAAUGCUUUUUCGAAGUAUAUUGAAAGUGUUCAUCGUGCAUUGGAUAAUACGACCAGUACUACUCCACAAAGGCAACAACAACCAGAAGGCGUAAAUACAGAUAAUGAAGAUUCUAUUUAUUCACAACUACAUCUAGUCAUGCAACCACCUCCGAGAAAACAAUCUCAGCAACAACAACAACAGCAGUCAUAUUAUCAACAGCCUCGUUAUGCACCAUUAGCUACAUACAAUGAUUAUUCACCUUACGAAUAUUCGACAAAUGAUUAUCGACAGCAACAACCACCACCACCAUCGUUCCAGGUUGCUGUGCAACAACAAGGAAAUAAAGAACAGUUAUUUUUAACAGGAGUUGAGUCGGGACAAAAAGGUAUCGGAGCAGGAGUUGGCUUAUAUAAACCAUAUGAAAACCAUAAUAUGCCUGGUGGUAUUCCGUCCAAUACAUAUUACACAUUACCACCUAGACGAAUUUCGACAGCAACAACCGCUUUAGGUCAGCCACAAUCUCAACAACAACAAUGGAUUCAAGCUAACUCUCAUUCACAUACACCACUCGUCAACGAUUAUGUCUAUCAGCAGUCUCCCAAAUUACUGAAUUCUUAUGCAAGUGAUGAAACUUUGAGGCCGACAUCGAUCGAUACUGCACUAGAAGAACAGCAACACUUACGAAGGCAAGCGGAACAGUCUCAGCAAAAACAGAAACAGCCACAAAUACUUGAUGUAAAUUUGAAAUCACCGUCUACAGAAACAAACACGUGUUCAAAUGAAGGUGUCAACAAUCCCCAGCAAGAAGAAGAUGAAGAUAAUAUGAAAACAGAAUUUGUAAAUUUUCGUAAGAAACAAUUUGAAACAGGUCACGUUGAAAAUGUGCCCGAUGAUCGUCAACGUGAACGUUUAUCGAAAAAAUACUCGGAAAAGAAAAAAUAUGAGAGCGAAUGGAAUCGUAUAACGUCAGUGGCUGAUGUCGAAUCGGUAAUGGAACGCGCAUCACAUUUUGAAGAUAUUGAUCCAGAUAAAUUUGCGAGAUUAAGAUCAAAAUUACCUACGUCACCACCACCGUCUUCAAAUGGACAUGGAGAAAUCGAGCAGAAACAAUAUGAAUUAAGUUCUUCUCCAUCACAACAACAUCAACAAAUGAAAUAUGGGCAAGGCAAAUUAAUGAAACAUGAAGAUAAUCAUUAUCAAACAUUACAGCAACAGCACAUUUCAAGAGAUGAAUUAGGCAAUAUUGAAUUUUCAUUUGAUCCAAGGUAUUUAAUACAGCAGCAACCACAACAACAACAGUCGGGUGGUCGACUAGCCGUUUCAAAUUAUUCACCUAAUCAAGAAGGCCAACGUUAUUUAUCUCAUCCGUCUUCUCAGCAACAGUAUAUGGAUCAAAGCAGUAAUCCAUCGCGUGUAAACCUAGUUCGUCAACAAUCGUAUAUAACAGCUGUAAGAUCAUCAAUGAUCAACGACCAACAAUCUCAGCAGCAGUCAUAUGAUAUGCAUGAUGCUGAUAUGCCUGGCUAUGAUCAAUUAGAGCGAUUGUUAACGACAUUGGGUUGUGGUGGAAGCAGUAGUGGCGAAUACUUGCUAUGUACACCAAAAACCAUGAGGCCAAAAGUCUCUCCAUUCACAUCAUUACCUGUCAGACCCUCAGCAUCAGAUGAACAACAAGAAUGGAAACAACGUCGUGCAUCUUAUUUAAUUGCUACAGAUCAGAAAUAUCAAGAUCAAUCUUUUCACUCUCAGUCAUCUUCAAAUAAACAACAAAACGAAUAUGGUUACGAUAUGACAGACGAUCAAAAACUAAGAAAUACACCACAACAACAGCAAGCUCAAACACAGGCGAUUAGAAAAUUAAAAAACUUUUUUGGAGAAGGAACGCCUCAAGUUCUUCAUGCACUCGAUCAUCCAUCUUCCACUUCUCAGCAACAAUCGCGUGCUAGUCUAUCUCAGUCACCUCAAUCGUCUUUACAAUCAAAUCAGUCAAAAUCGUCGUCAUUUUUCAAUUCUUCAAGUCCACCAGCCACAAUUCCAUUAACGACUAUGGUCGACAACAUAGAACCAUCGAAAGAAGGUAUUCUUUAUUGUAAAAUGGUUUUAAAAGAUGGAAGAAGAGCCCCGGAUCGAUCAUGGCGUGGUGCAUGGGCCGUAUUACGCGGUGGAGCAUUAUUUUUGGGGAAAGAAAAGAAGCACGGUUUAUUAAUUCCAUUAUCAUGUGAUUCAUUUCCAAUAAAUCUGAAAGAUGCUGAUGUCGAAUUGGCGUCCGAUUAUAUAAAAAAACCACGUGUAUUCAAAGUGAUAACAGCCACACAAUGUGAAUUUCUAUUUCAAGCACCCGAUAUGCAAUCAUUACAUGAAUGGUUAGAAGUCGUUCGAGAACAUUGUUGUUCGAUUACAUCAUCGGAAAAUGAUAUAAGCAGAGGUGGAGAAAGUACUACAACGCCAGGAACUGCUUCUAUCUCCAGCACACAACGACCAUCAACAGCAAGUCUACCACCCAUUGUACCACAUCAUACAAGUGAACAAGAUUUAUCUCAACGGCUUUCAUCGUCAACUCGCUCUGGUAGUAGUAGCAAACCAAAAUCAAAACUAUCGUUACGUAGUCCAUCAUUAAAACGUUCACCAAGUUUAAGAUUUAGAAAAUCACAAAAAUCUGCUUCUCAGUCACAACAAGGCGCAUCAACAUCAUCAGCAAGUAGUGGUAUUGGUGGUUCAUCAUCAUCCAUGUUAAGUGCACAUAACAACGGUAGUGGUAGUCAAUCAACAUCACCUCGACGUAGUUUUGUUAAAAUUGUUAAAAAAGGAUUAAAAACUCUUAAAUCUGGUACGAGUAUCGGUGGUGUACCACAACAAAUGAGUGGUCAAGUGUAUGAUGAAAAUAUUUUAACAACAUCUACAACAUCUACGACUGAUGAUUGUAAUCUUUCUGGUAUUAAUUUUGGUAUUGAAUUAGAAGAAUGUGAAUCAUCGUCAAUAUCUCGUUCAAUUCCAAUUGUCGUAGAAAUUUUAUGUAAACUAGUAGAAAUUCGAGGUAUUACUUAUACAGGUAUCUAUCGACAUGCAGGUGGAUUAACAGCGGUCAACUGGCUUGUAAAUGAACUUGAUAAGGGUUGUGAACGAGUCGAUUUUCAAUCAGAAAAAUGGUAUGAUAUCAAAGCUGUGGCAUCAACAUUAAAGACAUUUUUUGCAAAAUUACCAGAUUCAUUGAUAUCAUCAAAAAUGAGUAGUCUGUUUGUUGAAGCAAGUCGUAUUGACUGUCAUCGUGAUCGUUUAAUCGAAUUAAAAAAAUUAGUGACACAAUUGAAUGAUAAUCGAUUUGAGACAUUAAGGUUUUUAUGUGCACAUUUUAGAAGAGUAGCAUCCAAAUGUGAUAUUAAUAAAAUUGAUGCAAGAAAUUUGGCAAUUAUAUUUGGUCCAACAUUGAUAUGGGAUAGUAAAGCAUCAUUACAAUCAAAUCUUGUCGAUAAUCCAGAAAAAAUUAGAAUUAUUGAAGCAUUUAUCCUAUAUCAUGAAUGGUUCUUUGAACAUGGUGAAUAUGAUGAUAUUCCCUAUGAAAUUAAUCCACAAAUGCCAAAAUUAAAUUGUAUCUAUGAUGAUACAUUAAACGAAUCAAAACCGAGUGAAAUAAUUCAACAUAUUGUAAGAGCGGCAAAACGACGAUGGAGUUCACCAAUGUUAUUAGAUACAUCUGUUCUAUCACAAACACACCGAAGUAGCAUCGGCAGUGGCGGUGAUUCACAAAAACGAAGCUCAGAUGACAAUUCAUCUGGACCAUCAAAACCAGUUAAUAUAUUUGUAAAAAGAUCAUUUAAAAAACGUUCAACAAUGGCCACAUCGAAAUCAUCUGCUUGUCGUAGUCGUUCGGUUGAUUCAAGUCUAAAUUCAACAUUAUCACCAACAACAACAGCACAAUUAUAUUGUGGAGAAUCUGUCGAUGUUUCUAUAGCAUUACCUCCACGAUCUCAAAAUCAAGAAUUAAGUGAAGAUUCAGCCGUCCAUUCAAUGUCAGAUAUUGUCAGUAGUAGUACAACAACAUCAAUAAAAUCCACUGAACAUUUAAAACAACGUUCAAAAAAGGCACAAUCUCUAAAAGAUUUGGCUAGUUUUUUCAAACGUCGUAAUUGUUCAGAACAUAGUAAAACUAAACAAACAACAUUAACACCAAAAUCAUCAACCUCUUAUUUACCAUUGAUGACUUUAACAUCACUAAAAAGUUGUAAUAGUAGAGGACGAAAAUUACGAAAAAAAUUAAAUUCAUCAUUAUUCAUACAACCAGUUGAAGAUUUUGUAUCAUUAAGAUCUCCAGAUUCAUCAAAAUUGUUUAGUUCAUCACCAUUAAUGUUAAAAUUAUUUGAAAAUACAAUGAACAAUGAAACGACAAAUCAAAAUUUAACAUCAUCAUCGAGUCCAUGCCUAGUAAAUUAUAAUCAAAAUAAAAUAAAUAUAUCUUCUUCAUACAAUGAUGUGAUUGAUGGUGAUUCAAUCUGUUACAUUGAUGAUUCUUCUCCACCUCCCCAACAACAACAUUCUAGUCUACCUUUAAAUAAGCAUUCUUCAUACGCUAAUACGUCUUCAUUACAGAAUCAUGAACAAAUUAGAUUAGAAACAUCAAAAAUAAAACAAAAAUUACAUGAACGAGAUACGCUAUUAAAUGAUAUUAAACAACAAUCAAUUUAUGUUAAUCAAACAUUAUCAAAAUUUAAUAAUAAUAAUAAUAAUAAUAAUACUGUUAAAUCUAUAAAAAAUCGACAAGAAGAUAUUAUUAAUUCUUCUUCUUCAUCUUCUUCUAAAAAAUCUACAUCACCCUUAUCUUUAACAAAAGAAGUACCUUUAACUUCUUUAUCAUCUUCUAUAAAACGUCGUCAUACAUUUAAUUCCGUAUUUGAUUAUAAUUUACAUAAAUCAAAAUUAAAACAACAUGUGAAAUUAAUCGAUACGUAUCUAUUUCAACAUGUUACGAAUAAACGUCAUUCAUUUUCAUCAAAUGUAUUUGCUAAAUUACUCUAA